CCCCGAUUGUGGGUGUGAGUCUCACUCAGCAGGCUGCAGUUCUCUCCCUCCUCUGGUAUCAGUUCCUACUUUCACUAUUAGUUUACUAGUUAUUAGACUGACUACAGCCUGGACCAGCAUUCAGAACCUGCAGAACCCACAUUCCUGGGUCUGUCCCCAGCCUGGAACCAGCAUUCAGAACCUCACAUUCCUCGGAUCUAUCUACCAGCCUGGUAAUGAAAUGUAUUCUGCUCAUCAUCUUCUAUCUCCCCCUCUCUGCUGCAAACCAGGAGGAACCCGGUGUGAAAGGGCGAUUGACUUCAAAAGGAUUACAAUAUGGCUUGCAGGUGGGGUUGGAGGAGUUGCAAAGCAGAUUGUCUUCUUUCCAGAUUCCUGAUGUCAGAGGGUCCAUCUCGGUUGCCAUCCUCGGUACCAUAUAUUACUCUGUGACAAGUCUACAAAUCGAGAACCUGGAUGUUUCGGAUUCCAAUCUCUCAUUUAUCUCUGACACGGGAGUCAACAUGGAGAUCAGCGAUGGUCAGCUAUCGAUCACUGGAUAUUUGCAGAUAGCAACAUGGCUAUUUUCAGCAUCCACCAACCUUGAAGUUGUAGUCUCUGGCCUGUCCCUCACAGGUAUUGUUGGUGUAACGGGUGAUGACACCGGCCAUGGCAAAGUAUGGGACGGAGGGUGCAACUCUGACGUAAACAAUGUGGAAAUCAAUUUCCAUGGGGGAUCUGGGUGGUUUCUCAGCAUGUUCAAAAGCUCGAUAAUUGGGCCCGUGUAUGACGCGUUGACUAAGCAGCUUUGUCCGCAGUUUGAAAAAGCGCUCGAACAGAUGGAGCAAACAUUGAGCAGUCUGCCAGUGGUCAGUAUCGUGGAUUCCGUGGCCUCUUUGGAAUACCCACUGGUUGACUUGCCACUGAUCACAGAGCAGAGUCUGGACGUCUUCGUUAAGGGGCAGUUUAUUGGCCGAUCACAGCGCUGGGACCCACCAGACCACCCAGAGAAGCUUGUUCUACCAGAUAUAGACUCACACAUGGUCCUCCUUGCUCUGUCCCAGUUCUCUGUCCACUCAGCAGGCUACGUGCACUACAUGUCUGGAAUCCUAAACUAUAACAUUACCGAUGAUGUGAUACCCAAACAAUCACCCCUGCGGCUAAACACGAAAAGCUUAUCGACCUUCGUUCCAGAGAUUCUUACUCGGUUUCCAGAUUCUCCCCCCCUGCUCCUGCAUAUCUCGGCCCAUUCACCCCCUGCCGUCAACAUCCAGCCCGAUAUUCUCACCGUGGACGCCAGCGCAGACAUUCAUCUCUACGCCAUGGCCGCGAACCAUUCUCUAGUUCCCAUCUUUCAGAUGCGGGCAGGUGUGGAGACUCAAGUCGAUAUACAACUGUCUGAAGAAAGUCUGGGAGUUGCUCUGUCUCUGAGAAAUUUCUCCCUGGCUCUCAUUCAUUCUGACGCUGGUCCUGUUAAGGUGGACAAUCUGAAAAAUAUCUUGAAUUUUGCACUGAAGCUCGUGGCACUUCCUCUAAUGAACAAGAAACUUCAGAAUAUGGUGACAAUUCCAACCCAUCCAGUUAGACUUCAGAACCCAGAGCUGCGCAUUUUAAAGGGAUACCUGGUGGUUGUGACUGAUUUUGAGCUGUCCUUGAGUCCUCCUCUCCAGCAGGCAGAAAAGGUGACCGAGCCACAGUAAUUCUGAAUACGACCCGCGAUAACCUCGCUCUGCCUCCAGUCACUUUCACAAAACAUGGACUGUGGUGGCAAAGCCUGCCCUGAUUAUCUGUCUCAAUGCAGUAGAGGACCUAGAACAUCGAAAAAGUGGAGAACGUGGAGUGCACCUAUUACAUCUAUGUCUCCUAUGCUUUUUCUUGCCAAUUCAGAAGAAGGCCCCUACAUCUACCUCAAACCC